CUCAUUAGCAGAUGCGGAGUCCCUUACUGCAGGGAGGAGCGCUGUCAGGCACCCGGCUAACUGCAUCCAAGAAACGGGCAAACACAGCACUUUCAUUGCUUUUCCUUUUAGGUAUCAGUGAAGCAACGCCAACAAUAAACACGAAAAUGAUUUUAAAAGAGAGCGGUGUCGGGAAGAACUGCUCUUAACGUUAGAAUCCGCCGAAAUCUUCUUACACUAGCCGAAGCUCCAGUCAUCAGUUUCCUACACCUAAAAGACAUGCCAGAGACGGUACAUUUCUGGUGAGGCGAAUGCGAAGGUGGUGCAGAGUUGGGCCUUCAUUAAAAACAGGAUAAUGCCCUUUAAUUUACAACUGGUUUCCUGAGAUUCUAACACCUGAGGGGGGACAGUUCAGACAUCAAUGGCGUAUCAACAGCGUGGCCCCCAGCUUAGGGCCAUGAGCACAGAGGAGAAGACGUCGACCCCUGUCCACAAAACAUCAACACCAACGCAUAAGAGUGCCUCGUCCUCGUCAUCUUCUCAGAGGGACAGCAGACAGGAGGGUGACAGUUGGGAGAUCAUUGAAGGGCUCAAGAUAGGCCAAACGAAUGUCCAGAAACCAGACAAACAUGAAGGUUUCAUGCUGAAAAAGAGAAAAUGGCCACUGAAAGGUUGGCAUAAGCGGUUUUUUGUUUUAGAUAAUGGAAUUUUAAAGUACUCCAAAUCGCCCCUUGAUAUUCAGAAAGGCAAACUGCACGGAAGUAUUGAUGUUGGCUUGUCAGUGAUGUCAAUCAAGAAGAAGGCUCGGAGAAUUGACCUGGACACAGAGGAGCACAUUUACCAUUUGAAGGUCAAAUCGCAGGAGGUUUUUGAUGCCUGGGUGGCGAAGCUCCGACACCAUCGUUUGUAUCGUCAGAAUGAGAUUGUCCGAUCGCCAAGAGAUGCCACCUUUAAUGUGUUCCCUCCUUCCCCAAAUGCAGAAUCUGCUAUGCCAACUGCUGGAGCAGGACUAGAAGGAAAAACGAAGCCAAACACUUUGCCCUGGCAAGCCCAAUCAGUUCCCAGCAGCAGUGCUUUACCAGCUACGUACAGUAAUGGACAGAGCAAAGUGGUAGCCUGGCUACAGGAGUCUGAAGAGAUGGAUAAAUGUGCAGAAGAGCUUGGACACUGCCAAUCGAAUCUUAUAGAACUGAGCAGAUUACUGCAGAGUCUGGAAAUAAUGCAAAGGACUCAGUCAGCCCCCAACUUCACUGACAUGCAGGCUAAUUGUGUAGAUAUAUCAAAGAAAGAAAAGCGUGUGAGCAGAAGAUGGAGAACAAAAAGUGUCAGCAAAGAUGCAAAAAUGCAGCUUCAGGUUUUUCGUUGUUCAUUUCCACACGCAAGAACUGUAAAAGUUCCUAUAAGUGCUUCAAUGUCACCAGUCCGUUUGCACUCUUCCAAUCCCAACCUCUGCGCAGAUCUUGUAGAUUUUCAGACUCCUGUGAGCAGGCUCGCUGAGACAAUUGAGUGUGCCACUGACUACAUCAAACUGCAAGAGGAGUUCUGUCACAUUGCACAGAAAGUCCACUCUCUCCUGAAGUCUGCCUUCAAUACAGUAGCAAUAGAGAAAGAGAAGAUAAAGCAGCUGCUCUCUGAGCAGGAACAGUCAGACCACACAUCCCAGAUUCUGUCCCUCAGAAGGUCUCUAUCACAGGCUUUGACUCAAAAUACAGAGCUUAGAACUCGCCUGAACCGGAUCCAUUCAGAGUCUGUCCUGUCUGACCAGGUGGUCAGUGUAAAUAUCAUCCCUAGUCCUGAUGAGCCCAACGAGCAGAUUCACGUUGGCAUCCCCCUGACACAGCAAGUCUCUAAUGAGAGCAGGCUCUCCAUGUCAGAAUCCGUUUCGGAAUUCUUUGAUGCCCAGGAAGUGCUUUUGUCAGCAAGCUCAUCAGAGAACGAGGCAUCAGACGACGAAUCAUACGUCAGCGAUGUCAGUGACAAUAUUUCCGAGGACAAUGCCAGUGUUACAGAUAACGUUUCCAGGCAAAUGCCCAAUGGAGACCUGGUUGGAGGUUCCUUCCGAAAUGGUAGACGGACAUGCCUCCCUGCCCCUUCCCCAGACACCAGUAACAUCAACCUGUGGAACAUCCUGAGGAACAACAUUGGCAAGGACCUGUCCAAGGUGUCCAUGCCGGUGGAGCUAAACGAGCCCCUCAACACCUUGCAGCACCUAUGCGAGGAGCUGGAAUACACUGAGCUGCUAGACAAGGCUUCUGAGACAGACGACCCAUAUGAGCGCAUGGUCAUAGUUGCUGCCUUUGCAGUCUCGGGAUACGCUUCAACCUACUACAGAGCAGGAAGUAAACCAUUCAAUCCUGUGCUAGGAGAGACCUAUGAAUGUAUAAGGGAAGACAAAGGACUGUGCUUUUUUGCAGAACAGGUGAGCCACCACCCACCAAUAUCGGCUUGCCACUGUGAAUCUAAGAAAUUUACUUUCUGGCAAGAUAUAAGAUGGAAAAAUAAAUUCUGGGGUAAAUCCAUGGAAAUCCUUCCGAUUGGAACCAUGAAUGUGACACUUCCAAAGUAUGGCGAUCACUAUGAAUGGAACAAAGUCACCACCUGCAUACACAAUAUUCUUAGUGGAAGAAGGUGGCUAGAGCAUUAUGGAGAAAUCACAAUAAGAAAUACAAAAAGCAGCUUGUGCAUUUGCAAACUCACGUUUGUUAAGGGGAACUAUUGGAGUUCAAAUGUAAAUGAAGUCCAGGGGUUUGUGAUGGACCAAGAGGGAAAGGUGGUGCACCGACUCUUUGGGAAAUGGCAUGAAGGACUGUACUGUGGUGUUGCACCAUCAGCUAAAUGUAUAUGGAGGACAGGUUCAAUGCCCACCGACUAUGAGUUAUACUAUGGCUUUACAAGGUUUGCUAUUGAACUCAAUGAACUGAGCCCUGAGAUGAAGGAUCUGCUUCCUCCUACAGAUGCCAGAUUUAGGCCUGAUCAGAGAUACCUGGAGGAAGGAAAUGUUGAAGCUGCAGCCACAGAGAAACAAAGGAUUGAGGAGCUGCAGAGAACAAGAAGAAGAUGGCUUGAAGAAAACAAUAUCAAGUAUCAGCCUAGGUUUUUCAAGAAAAUCAUUGAUGCCAAUCGGAGGGAAAAGUGGGUGUCCAACAACACAUACUGGGAACUGAGGAAAGACCCUGGCUUUAGCAAAUUGGAAAACCCUGUUCUUUGGUAACAUUUGGGUAGCUGCGCUCAACAUAUCAUCAUUUUUAACAAAGAAGCUUUUUACCUAUGCACAAAUUUGACCAUUUCCGUUUUUCAGUACAGAAUCAAGCUGGCUUUUUUUGGGGGGGGUAAAAAAUAUCUUUAUUCUGUGACCUUUUGCUUUUGGAGAUGGAUAAUUAGGAGCUGCAACAUCAGAAGGAAACUACCAUUGCCUGUUUGUGUUCUGCUGGGGCAAUGCUUUUCUUACACUACUAUAAAGCCUUUUCCAUCACAGAGUGCUCUAUAAUGACUUGCAGAGACCGGUUUGUGAGAAUGAUAGAAAAUGAAGAUCUAUCAGAUGCUGUUAUAACUUUAAAGAAUGUCUUUGCCUUAAAACGCAGUGAUUGCUUUCAACACACUUCUUAAACAUGGCUAAUUUUAAACUUUAGAUAGAGCCCAGAUGAUUUUAAAGGUCCAAGAUUUAGUUGAUUGUCUAAAUUGGGCUUAGUUACAUAGUUUACUAGAAUGCCAAGCAUGUCAAUAAGAUGUCUUUCAUUGGCUUGAGUUAACUUGAGUUAAAAGUGUACAAUGACAAAUAUGAGCACUAUAAAACUUUUAUUUAUAUUUAUAACACGUCUUAAACCUUUGCUUAUGUUUUUUUUUUUUUAUUUAGGUGAUGGGUACACAACAAAGUCAACAUGUUAGGGGGAUUAUUCAUCAAUGUUUUAGAAACGUGUGAAAGGGAUCUUUUAGUUUUCAUAUAGCUGAAUAUGUGUCACAGUUAUAUUCUCUCUGGGGGCAGUGAAUUGCUUUGUAAAUAUUUUAUACAGUUUUGAAAAAGCAUAAUGGAUAUUGUUUUGGAUUAUAAAUCUAGAAUUACUCUGGAAAAUAUUUUAUGAUGAUUUCAGAAAUGUAGGAUUAUAAAAUAAUAAUAAUUAAUAAGGUGACUAUGUAAUGCUACUUAAGGGUAGAGAGAAAUCUUUAAAAGCACAGUGCAAGUCAGUCCUUGUAGUGCAACAUGUACUGUGAUAUUAAUGCAUGGGCCAAGAUUACAAGUAACUAUUUGAUUUUAGAGUGGUGGGUUUUUAGCAAGUGACGCACUGAAUUUGUGAUCCAGCUGACAGGAACACAUAACCAGUGCUUCCCUUAAAAGGCAAUGACAAAAAUGUUAAUUUUUAAAGAUGUAAAUACAUUCAUAUGAUUUCAUUAACUUUAAAUUCUUUCCGGUGAUCAGAAAUUAUUCCUGCCCAGACGUUUUGGCAGGAUACAGAUUGUCCUUCCCACAGAGCCAGCCUAUUUAAAACUUUGGCACAGUUUCCGAGAUGGAGCAGUAGCUUGGGCUUACCCUUACUGCUUUUUCCCCCUCUAUUUAUAUCUAGAAUAAAAUCCCAAAUUUGGUGCAGCAUAUGUCCUUACAUUUAACCCCUGAUAUCUGUUGUUUUCAGUGGAUUUCUCCUUUUGCAGGCCAGUGGGUAUUAGUUGCUCUUCUUUGCUUUUAUUUCUCUUAGUUUCCAAAGGGGAUCCUGGUACAAUCCGUGUGUUUUUUAUGAGAGCUAACCCUGUUUAUUCAAAAUAAACAGACUGCUUGCUAGUUAAUAAUUCCAUUCAAGGAAGGGAGUUCAACCCCAUAGUUAAUGGAUAGAUUUAUGAGAACAGUCCUCUUCAUGUUACAAAUUGAUCUUGCAGUAAGCAGAGACAUCUACUGACCGGGCAAAAAUGUUUAGUUGCUAAAUUGGAAGCUAGGUUUUAAAAGUAGUAUGAUGCACAUUAUAACUGCAGUAGUGUAAGAUAAUGGUAGUUGUAUAUACUAUUAUUGUACUUUAAAUAAUACUGUUAAUUUAUAUAAUGCCAUUAAUGCUUUUGAAGGGAAUGCAUGAGCAAAUCCAGAAACUUAUUUUUAAGCAAGAAGGCACAGACAGAUAAUCCCUGAACAAUAUGUUUGUGUUAAAGCAAGCCAAAGAAAUGCAUGAUUGUAUUUUGUGUUUAAAAUUACCAAAUGAGUAAUUUCAAAUACCCUGGAGAGUAUAUUGCUGUAAGUUAAUUUACAGUGGAAAAGCGGUACUGUUUAUACAGUAUUUAAAAUAUUUUUGGAACAGACACUGCAUUUCUGGCAAAACAUUUAAGAAUAUUUAAGUUUUAAUAUCCCCUUAACAUAUUUAAACAAGCUGUAGUAUGCGUCAUUUAACUGCUGUGUAUUUAUAAUGAGCUCAGUAAAUGAGUUUUUUUAAUGCUAUUCUGUAUUUAGUUUGCAUAAUUUGAGCUUUUUAUCAAUUCACGUUGACUUAUUCAAUAAGCAGAGUACUUGCUUCUGAAUUCUAAUGAACGUGCAACAUUAGCAUUAAAAGCAGAAAAUCAAACAACAUACUUUAUUAUCAGCAAAAUGACUACAAAGAAGAGUCAGCACAUUCAUUUAUCAACACACUUUUGUUUCUAUCUGUAUAACAAUAUACAGUACAUAUAAUCUACAUUAUAUUUCUUAUACAACAGAUUACUCUGAUAGUCUGGUAAUUAUUUUCCAUAUUUUUCCAUUAAUCUUGCAAUUGGCAUAAUUUAGCACUAGUUUGAUUUUUUCAAUAAAACAUCUCCAUUACUUUAUUAUGAAUAUUAUUUAAAAUACAGUUGUGGCUUUCUCAGUAACAAUUCCACUUGCUGUGCCUUAAAAUUUAAAAAAACACCCCACAUCCACAAACCUCAACAAAUAAUUGAAAAGGAUUCUAUGCGUGGCUCAUUGUGUAUUUGCAUUUCAUCAAAAAAGGGGGUUUUCAUUUUGUUACCUUAACAUUAAGGUUACCUGAACUGUGAUGUUCAAAAUUGAGGUGUUGUUCUGCAAAGUGAGGAAAAUUAUCUAAACUAUUGGCUAUUCCGCAUAGUGCUCUGUAGUACAGCCUUUAGUUAUAAUUGAUUUUGACAAAUACUGUAAUGAACCUGGCUUGUAAUGUUGAGCUUUCUGAAGGAUUUGAUUCCAUCUGAUCAUGAAGAUUUACCUGAAUGCUUUUUUCCUCCAACUAGUAAUGGAAUGUUUUGAGAAAGGAGAGUAGUGUGCUGUCCCACGUUUUGCGUUGGAACAGUCUCAGAUUUGCGUAAAAUAGUAAAUGCAAGGAAUGUAUAGCAUGCAUAUACUGUAUUUAUCCUUUUACUUCACGGAACAUUAAUUUAUCCUCUAAGGGCCCUCAUGACUUCAGUUUUCUUUGUAGAAUGUAUUUGAGAAGGCUUUGUCCAGUAAUUCUUGUUCUCUGCUAUGCUUAUACAAACCAUUACAAAGUGAGUGACUUGUGUAUUGGCACACCACCCUAGAAUGGAAUCAUUUCAGCUUCAUUGGCUGCUGUAUUUCACAUCCAAAAUGCAAAAGGAUUCCUGUGAUUUCUCACCUACAAAUAAAAAAGAACUUCUUGAAGUAUUCUAGCUUCACAAAACAAGGAAAUGCUUUGAGCUGGAUGCUGUAGCGGAUAAAUAGAGCCACUUUCCCGUUGGCAUAGUCUUAAGACUGUUCUCCUUCAAAGGCACAAAAAUUAAUUUACAAGCAGGGGGUGUGUGAACCAAAACAUCCUGGCCUGGAUUGGUCAAAAGUUUAUAAAUGUAAACCAGAUGAAUUAUACAUUUUGCUGUAUCUCAGGCUUAAAUGAUUUUGGAAAUUUCCCAUAUUUUAUAUGGGACUAAAUUUAUGCAAUGAACUACAAUGAGAGGCUUGAAAACAUAGUUUGUGGUCAUUCCAGUUCAAUCACUAAAAUAAUAAUUGAAGACCUAUCAUACUUAGAGUCAUCAUGGUAGUCACCAUUCAUCUGUGAAAAGGUAGGUUUUCCAUAACGUACACAAUAUGUACUUUUUCCCUAAAUGAAUUGCAUUGAAGGCUGACUGGUUUAAAGGCAAAACUCCUGUCUUUUUAACUUCAGGGCAAACCCAUGUUCUGUUCCAGUAGCACAGAGAAAACAUUAAGAGCACUGUGUAAUACCUGUUACAAUGUUUAUUAUAAAUGCAUGUGCAAAUGACAUUAGCCUGCCAAUGAAUGUUGCAAAUGCCUUAUAAAAGGUCAUUUUUGGUACUUUGGAUUAUUCAAGUUUUAAGACUAACAUGUACCUCUUUGGUGCUGUUGGGCGCUCAGCUUACAGUUACUUAAAUCCAAUCUCCAAUGGAUUUUUCUGAAGAAGUGCAAUUGUAUAAUUACAUAUACAUAUCUUCUCAUGAACACUCUGUACACUGCUGCUAAAUAGUGCUUGUUCUAAUAAAAAAAAGAAUACAA